AUGGCAGCCGCAACCACAUCGAUCUGCAAGUACACGUACAAGCCAUGCACACAUCCGCGGUCGGUCAAGCGCAAUGGCACGCUGCAUCUCCUCUGCGAGUUUCACCGCAACAAGGCCAACGCGAUCCAGAAAACCGAGGCCCGGUCGUCGAUUUCCAACGUCGAAGACGUCGGCAACGUUAUGCUCGACACCUUUGACUGGGCUUUUCUGGACGACAUGAUUCUCGCCAUUCAGCGCGACAUCGACCCGCUCUUCCCGUGCACCUGA